UGAACAGACCUACGGACCCUUACUGAUCUUAUUCCGAUCUAUUUUCACUGUUAUUGUGCAGAAAGAACGAAGGGAGAGCGUUGCGCGGCGUCUGCCCAACCUCCUGGUUCAACCUUCAACCCUUGCUACACGUCAGCCUUUAACAUCGCCAGUUGACUGCUGGUUGAGUGUUGAGUGGUUGCUUUCCGAGGCAGUAUCCUGCCUCGGGAUCACAUAGCACAGCCAUGAACGCGCAGGUAUCGUUUCUAGACGGGACCCUGAGUCUAAUCCACAUUCCUCUGGACUUGUACUCGAACCUCCUCCAGUCGAUCCUUAAAGUCCUCCUUCCACCAAGUCAGGACCCGACCAGCCUGAAGGCUGCAGAGGGUCUGACCAUUGAGAACUACAGCCAUGCCUUUCUCAACAUAAGCGUCACGCCCAUCGAGUGCUCUAUCGUCUGCAACUCGGCCUGGGCAGAAUCCGUGUUCGAGCCCGCCAUCAAACGCCUGCCUAAGGACCAGGCCAGGGCGGUAGCCAUCUCCAAGGACACAUAUGCCGCCCUCAGCGUCUAUGGCACGGGCAUGGACGCCGGGUCGCGCGUCGCGGAUUUGACGUCGCCGUUGGCUCUGGCGAAUAUCCCGAUUUUCUUCAUCACGACGUACUAUUCCGACUUCAUUCUCGUCCCAGUCAAGGACCGGAUGGCCGUCGAAAAGGCGCUGCUGGCCAAGGGCUUCGUCUUCUCCGAGGACGACGCGUCCCGUCUCGUGUCAGCCCAACCCUCGCCCACAGGCAUCAACCAGCGCUUCAACUUUAUCAGUCACUCCAGGGCGCCCAGCCAAGACAGCAGCAGCGACCCUCCCGUCUCUCCACCCCCACCGUCCAGUGUGAACGACCUCCAGCAGCGCACCUUCGACCUCCUCAAGCGGCGCAACGUGGUGCCCCACGUCGAGCCCGACCUCACUCUCGCGCAAUGCACCGGCAUCCGGCACCACCCGCAGCCCUCGGCGGUCAUGGCGCUCUCGCGCGGCAGCAGUCACGGCAGCCGCCGCGGCUCGCGGCCGAGCUCGCGUCCCGGCUGGCUCGACACGGUCGACACCAAGCUGUACACGGCGCUCGUCUCGGCGCUGGCGUCGCAGCCGCGGUUCCUGAGCAUGACGCUCGCGCACGAGGACCCGCCCAGCCUGCUGCUCGACAGGGAGCUGCUGGGCCUGUUUGGCGACUCGCUCGUGGGGCCGACCGACGGCGCGCUGGUGCCCAUCUUUCUCGACCUGGCCGACCUGCCGUUCGAGGCCACGGGGAUAGUUUCGGGCGUGGCUGGGAAGCUGGUGAGGUCCAUGCGGAUUGCCGACGGGGCGGAACUGUCAUAUCUGUCGACGGCCAGGGCGGGCGCGGUUAUCUUGUCAAGGGAGCAGGCGGCUGUGGCGUUGGGCGUGUUGGGCCCUUUGCUCGGGGAGGAGUGAGCGGGCUGUGAAGGCUGCAAGUGUAUGCUUGAAGUGAACGGACGGGCCAUUGACAGGGGAAGGCAGAAAGCUACCUAGGUGGUGGCGUUCGGUUCCAAAGGGUCAGGGAGUUGCCGGUUGUUUGGUGGUUGAAACAUCCAAAGGCGACCCCGUGGUUUGGCGAAACGGCGAGGCCGCAUAUGCCCGCCCAAAACCAUGGGAUCAUAUCCCAAUACGGCAGUAAAUUACCACACAAUUCCUCUCUCGUUUGACUGCC